CUUAGUUCCAACCACGCGCGGUUGUGCAAUUCACGGAAGGGAAACGUGACUUUCGCUGAAUAUCAGCCUGUGUCUCGAUGGCGGCACAUUUGAAGAAGCAGCUAAAAGAGGCAGUGAAGAUCAUCAGCUCGGGUAGCCUCCUCUUUGCCUCCUACCUCACAGUGAUGGGAGAUGAGCGUUUCUAUGCCAACCAGCUGAUGCCCCUGCUGCAAAGGUUAAUGGGCGCAGAGACGGCCCACGUGCUCGCUGUAAAAAUGAUCAGUCUGGGUUUGGUUCCUCUCAACCGCUAUCAGGACCCCGAGUCACUGGGAGUUGACGUCCUGGGCUUGAAGUUCAGAAAUCCCGUUGGGAUCGCGGCAGGCUUCGAUAAGCACGGAGAAGCGGUGGACGGUUUGUACAAAAUAGGCUUUGGCUUUGUCGAAGUCGGGACCGUCACCCCCAAACCGCAAGACGGCAACCCCAAACCACGUGUGUUCCGACUGGCAGCAGACAGUGCCAUCAUCAACAGGUACGGUUUCAACAGCUGCGGCGCUCGAGAAGCGCUACAGAGGUUGAAAGACCGCCAGGCAGCUCAACGGGAGCGAACACGAGCUGGCCUUCCCCUGGGCAUCAACCUGGGAAAGAACAAGCAGUCCCAGGAUGCGGGGGCAGAUUACUUGGAGGGGAUGAGCGUGCUAGGCCCGCUGGCUGACUACCUUGUGGUGAACGUCAGCAGUCCCAAUACGCCCGGUCUGCGUGACCUACAAGGCAAAGCUGAGCUCCGCCGCCUCCUACGUUCGGUGUUGAGGGAGCGCAAUGGGAUGCAAGGAAGUCACAAGCCUCCGGUGCUGGUCAAGAUUGCGCCUGACCUCAGCGCGCAGGACAAACGCGACAUUGCCGACGUCGUUACUGAGCUGGGAGUGGACGGCUUAAUGGUGUGCAACACGACUGUGUCCCGGCCAGAGGGGCUCCAAGAUCCUCAAAAGUGUGAGACCGGCGGGCUGAGUGGGCAGCCUCUCAAAGACAUGUCCACAAACACCGUCAGUGAAAUGUACAGACUCACAAAAGGGAAAGUGACAAUCAUUGGAAUCGGCGGCGUGGCCAGCGGACAGGACGCCAUGGAUAAAAUCCGUGCCGGUGCGUCACUGGUUCAGAUUUACACGGCUCUGGCCUACCAGGGUCCGCCUGUCGUGACCAAGAUCAAGCGGGAACUGGAACAGCUUCUCAGAGAACAAGGAUUUAGCAACGUUUCUGAGGCCGUCGGGGCAGACCACAGAGGAUCAGAUGGUCCUGCUCACUAGCAAAGGAUCCGGGCAAGGAUCGUUAACACCAAACUCAUCGCUGCUGCAUCAGCUUUUCCUCCUCUGGUCAGAAAUUCAUCUUUUGUUACAGUGUUAAAGCAAUUGGCAGUGCUUCAACUCUUGAAACCACUUCUUUUUUUUUUUUUCUAUCCGCUUGUAUUGUUCUGGCAACCAGAAGCCAAUCGCAGGUGACUUUGGAUUAGUCCUCUAACCGUUCACCUGUCAGUCACGCUGUUGGCAUGUUGAUACACGACAACCCCGCUCAUGCUCGUGUUUUGUUGCCCACGGAGAACAUACAAAUUCAACACGUAAAGGCUUUAAAGAGCCUUGUUUUUGUCGGGCGUGAACGCUAACUAAGGUUCUGCUGUUGUGUGUGCAUAUUUUAUUUUCCCCGUUGUUGAAAGCAGUUUCAUCACGUGGAAGAAGAAGGG